AUGGCGACUAGCUCUCGAGCUAAGUCCUGGGCUGACAAGCUCGCCGUCGAGUCGGAACCCGGCUUGACGAGCACCCAGCUUAUGCUCACCAACCACGAUCUGAAACCGGUCGAGAAGGAACGCCGUCAAUGGGGCGCCUGGAACUUUGUCGGCUUCUGGAUCGCCGAUUCUUUCAACAUCAACACUUGGAUGAUCUCUUCGUCCAUGAUUGUUGCUGGCCUCUCGUGGUGGCAGGCAUGGCUGUGUGUCUGGAUCGGCUAUAGCAUCACUGGUAUUUUUGUCGCCAUGAAUGCUCGUGUCGGUGCCAUGUACCACAUUGGUUUCCCAGUUGCCAACAGAGCUGCCUUUGGCAUCUGGGGAAGUUUGUGGCCUGUUCUGAACCGUGCCGCUAUGGCCUGCGUUUGGUACGGAGUCCAAAGUUACAUCGGAGGCAACUGUGUCUAUCUCAUGAUCCGUUCCAUCUGGAAGUCCUACGCAGACAUUCCCAACACCUUCAGCAAAGACUCGGGAACGACCACGGCCAAUUUCGUCUCCUUCUUCCUCUUCUGGGUCGGCUCCCUUCCAGCAAUCUGGUUCCCCGUUCACAAGAUCCGACAUCUUUUCACCGUCAAGGCAUAUGUGGUCCCUGUUGCUGGAAUCGCUUUCCUUGCCUGGACCAUUUCCAAGGCUGGCGGCAUUGGACCCAUUGUGAAGACAUCCAACAAGGUCCACGGCAGCGAGCUGGCAUGGCAGAUUGUUAAGGGCAUCAUGUCCUCUAUUGCCAACUUUGCGACACUCAUCGUCAACGGCAGCGACUUUUCUCGUUUUGCUCGCAAACCCAGAGAUGCGCUCUGGUCCCAGCUCAUCACCAUCCCGAUCGGCUUCGCCCUCACUUCCUUCAUCGGCAUCAUCGUCUCAUCGGCAUCUUCCGUCAUGUACAGUGAGCCUAUCUGGAAUCCCCUUAACUUGCUUGACAAGUACAUCGACGACGGUAGCUCCGCUGAGCGUUUUGGAGUCUUUGUCAUUGCCAUGGCCUUCACCCUUGCGCAGCUUGGUACCAACAUUGCCGCCAACUCCGUCUCUGCUGGUACUGACAUGACGGCUCUGCUUCCUCGAUGGAUCGAUAUCCGCCGCGGAGGAUACAUCUGUGCAGUCAUUGGUUUCGCCAUCUGCCCCUGGCAACUGCUCAAGGACAGCAACCAGUUUACCACCUAUCUUUCCGCCUACAGUGUGUUCCUUAGCUCCAUCGCUGGAGUCAUGGUAUCCGACUACUACCUCGUGCGAAAGGGGUACCUCGAGCUCAAGGAACUCUACGAUGGUCGCAAGGAGGGACCUUACUACUAUACCUUCGGUAUCCAUUGGCGCGGAUAUGCCGCCUACAUUGCGGGCAUUCUGAUCAACGUUGUCGGUUUCGCCGGUGCCGUCGGCCAGACCGUCCCCAAGGGAGCUACCUACAUCUACAACGUCAACUACUUCUGCGGUUUCCUGAUCUCGCUCAGUGUGUACUGGAGCUUGUGCAAGAUUUUCCCGAUCCCCGCGACGAGCAGCCGCUGGAUGGAGGUUGGCGACGAGAUUGACGACCUGCGAGUUGGCUACGACACUGGAAGCCAGAAUUACGACGAAGAGCACGUUACGGGCCCAGCGCCCAAGGUGGCUGAUGAUAUGAAGCAUUUCUGA